CGGCGCGCGAUGAUACCCACAAGUCAGCCGGUUCCCAAUGGACACAAGCACGUAUAUAAAAACCUGUGUCCACCUAUGCUGUAUCCCUCAACGCCCGUCCCAUCGACCACCACGACGAGUCUUCUGGCAUCUUUGUCCCAGAUCACAUCGCCUCCUUUCACCUUUCAGUCCACCCUGCUUUCGACUCGGUGGCAUUUUUUAUUUCUUAUCGCAUCAUGAAAGUCUUCUUUGCUAGGACUCAAUCCUAAAAUAUUUUCUCUUUUUUUGGGUCCAUGUAUCAGCCCAUAAGCGUGUCCAUUUCUUCCGUUUGGCCUGAAGUCAUCACCGAUCAAAGCAAUCUAUAAUCCUCACCCCUGAGCUCGUUUUUCCUACUGAGACGCACACACAUACGAACACAUCCCAAGUACCCAAGUAGUAGGUCAUGCGAGGCAUGUAGACCAAUUGCCUUCGACUGGGCUCUCCUUCGAUUGCUGGUUGCCUCCACGAAUAA